AUGGUUUUUAUCUCUCUUAAACUCGCUGCAGAGUUCCUUGGAAACAACAUCACAAUCAAAUCCUCACCGAGUCAGCUACAAGCAGGCCAGCAUGCUUCCCUGACUUGUACAGCAAGUAAUAUUGGGCGACCACCAGGCAUCAUGAAGUGGUACAAUCGUGAUCAAGAAAUCGCCACUGGAUUUACUCAGCUGACAAGUAUCAAUAGUGAUGGUUGUACCUAUAAUGGGCUUAGUACUCUCAGUAUUUCACCGACAUCCCAGGAUGAUAGAGUUAUGUAUAAGUGUGUUGUUGAGCCAAGCUCUACAGUGACUGGAGACUCCAGAAAGCAAGGAAAGUAUACACUGGAUGUACAAUACCCAGUGCGACAGGGGCCAAGGGUGACAUCAUCCACUGGUACAUUUACAGUUGAACAGGGAACAACUUUUACUCUCAACUGUCAGGCAAGUGGCAAUCCAAGUCCAAGCUAUGUGUGGACCAGUCCAGAAAAUACCAACACCACUGGCUCUCAGCUUGUGCUGACACUGUCCACUACUGGAACGUAUUUGUAUACUUGCUUUGCCACCAACAGUUUGACGACAACACCAUUGCCAACACCUGUCAAAGUGACAGUACAAGGUAGGUGCUAUAUCAAAAUUGGAAAAGUAGGUCACCCUUUAUGA